AUGCAGACCGACGACACCUCCCGACGUACCUCCCAAGACAACCAACGUAGAACUGCGACCAAGGGAGGACUCAAAAAGGGGGAUAGUACCAAAAAGAAGUCCUUCCGAUGGGACGAAGAAUCCAUCGCCCUUCAAGACCUCGAAAGAGGAACUCGAAUGAAGAUAGACGAGCCUAAAACACCUUAUACCGGCAUGGCCCCCGAUCCGGUGGAGUUACUCGAGCCCUUCUCGUUGGACGGCCCACCACCAGUAAAUAACCCCGAACAGCCAUCGCCGGUCGCUCAAGCCGCGGAUGCUCAAGCCGCGGGCCCUCAAGCCCUUGUGAGCGCGGAAUUUUCUGGAGAGCAACAGUCGCUGGAUUUCCGAAAUGCUCUAACCGAGGCCAUGGAGCAAGCGCAGAAAGACGAAAGUGAAGGCCGUAGCUACUGGGAUGACUCCACGUCUGAAGCUCACAAAAAGGCAUUCGAGGAAAAAAGAAAGCAGCACUAUCGCAUGUUCCGCUGA